CGCGUUUCAGAGACGAGACGUUUUGCGUUUAUCGCUAGUGUGUUUGUGACCUAAGUGAACUCUGUGUUUAGUGUUGCAAUUAACACUUAUCAGUGUUUUUUAGUUUUUCAGCGAAAAAUAAUUUCCGAACUAAAAUGACUGUAUCGCGUGUCACCUUAAAAAUAUUAAUAAACAGACGGACGAUGUCGAGAAAGUAUAUAUGGACAUUAAAAUGUUGCUGCGUGUUGUGACAGUGAAAAACACCUCGGCCUAAUUGCGGCUUUAGGUCUGACUAACUUUUAAAUCAAUAGCUUUUUAAUUUGUGUAUCAAAAACUUUGAAGUAAAAGUGCAAACAUUAGAUGAAAACGUGACUACUGCGCUGUCUAUCAGUAGUUGGAAUUAAAAGAAAAGUAGAACUGCGUAGUGACAACUAACGCCAUCUCUUGGUAACUGGAGUAAGAUAAUCCAAGAUGGUGGAAGAUACAAACCAGCAGUCAGAUCGCGUGUCCGCGGCCGCCGUGCUUCAGUUCGCAGCAAGAGAAGCGAGGGAAGGGAGGAGGUUUGCUGAGUUUGGAGCGCAUGCGUUUGCCAGCAUCACUUAUAAUGCCUAUGCAACCCUUGGCGAGAUGGGCGGCAGCGGCACCAGCUCCUCGUCAUCUCACAUGUCCCCUGGCUGGCAGGUCAACGAUCUCGACCUGGAUCUGCCCGGCGAACUGUCCAUGAACGAGGCACUGCUGUCUCUGCCGUCGUUGGCCGUCUUCAAGCAAGAAGCGCCCUCUCCUACCGGCAACGUGUUGUCACCACCUCGUCGCGCGUGGCCGGCUCGCAGGACUGACGAUAGACAGAUCACCAAUAUGGUGAUCGACAACCGUGACGGCAUGGAGGACGCCUGCCAGCAGUCCUCACCACACAACGGCAUGGUGAAUACCCAUUCCAGUCCAGAGAGCAUGCAGUGCCAAUCAAUGCCAGUCGCCGUGAUGCCAAUGAACGGUUACCAUUCGCCGACUAACCAGGAGAAUAAAAAUGCCGGUCUACUGAUGUGUUCUCCAGUCAGCUCUCUGGACGGCUUCUUACACUCGCCCUCCACUCGUCCCGACACGAGCUUCAAGGACGAUACCAGAUUCGAUUUCUUUUCUAGAUUUCAAUAUGUCCUAGCUGCGGCCACGUCGAUAGCCACCAAGCAGAACGAGGAGACGCUGACGUACCUCAACCAGGGCCAGCCGUACGAGAUCAAGCUGAAGAAGCUGGGCGACUUGUCGCAUUACAAGGGGAAGAUUUUGAAGAGUAUAAUUAAGAUAUGCUUCCACGAACGUCGUCUGCAAUACGCCGAGAGGGAGCAGAUCGCCCAGUGGCACGCGGAGCGCCCCGGAGACAGGAUCCUAGAGGUGGACGUGCCGCUGUCGUACGGCGUGCUGCGCGCCGAGCUGCCCGCCAGCCUCAACGCGCUGCACGUGUACUGGGACCCCACUAAGGACGUGGGCGUCUACAUCAAGGUGAACUGCAUAUCGACGGAGUUCACGGCCAAGAAGCACGGCGGCGAGAAGGGCGUGCCGUUCCGCAUCCAGAUCGAGACGUACCUCGCGGCCGACGAGCUGCAGCGCCUGCACGCCGCCGCCUGCCAGGUCAAGGUGUUCAAGCUGAAGGGCGCCGACCGCAAGCACAAGCAGGACCGGGAGAAGGUGCUGCGUCGCCCGCGGGCCGACCUCGAGAAGUACCAGCCGGGCUGCGACGCGACUGUCCUCACCACCCUGUCCAACGACGCCCUCAUGCCGCCGCCGUCGCUGGUGACCACCUCGCCUCCGUAUUCGCCGGAGAUGUGCGUCGCCCCAAAGUCUAUUGCAAGUCCUAUAUUGGCCAACAAGCCAGUUUUAACACAGCCUUCAAUUCUUGCUUCACCCAAUCAAAUGAAACCACUUUAUUGUCAAGACGGCGGAGACGUUAAGGUGACCAGCCCGCCGUGCCACUCGCCGGGCGCCAUCCUGCCUGACCUGCCGCAGCCGGCAGAGGAUCCCGACAAGCACUACGGGCUGUCGAAGGAGGCGUCGUCGGCGGAGACGGCGUCGUGGCUCGCGCGCAACCGGUUCGCGGCGCACGUCGCCACCUUCGCCAACUUCUCCGGCGCCGACCUGCUGAGACUUUCCCGAGACGACAUUAUCCAGAUAUGCGGACUCGCUGAUGGCAUCCGUCUGUUUAACGCACUGCACGCCAAACGCAUCGAGCCGCGCCUGACGCUGUACGUGUGCGCGGGGGGGGGCGGCGUGCACAGCGCGCUCUACCUGCACGCCGCGCGCGCGCACGACCUGCUGCACAAGCUGCGCGCGCUGCUGCCGCACGCACAGGAAUGCGAGACCGUUCUCGUGUCGGGACCCAACAAUGCUCGAGUCCGUCUCACCGACGAGCUGGUCCGGCACCUGCCUGACAAUUCCACGUACCGCUUGGAGAGGAUCGAGGACAAUGCCCUGCUGCUCAGCCCGACUGGCAACUGACAUCGAACCGAUCGCCGACUGACGGGACUGGCAACCGACAACGGAGUCGAUGAUAAAUAACUAUAUGAUAUCUACGAUGAUUACAUGACUGGCAUAUUACAACGACGCCAUUGAUACACGAAAGGAGAGUAAUGUAGCUGGCAACUUUCAACGAGAGCCAGCGACUAUCGAGAAACAACAUCAAGAUGCUGCUUUUUCAGUUAGAGGCAAAGAUUGUAGUGAAAAUGCUAAUGAUACAAUAUCUUAAGUAUAUAGUUUGACAAAUGUGUCUUAACUAAUUGUGAUUAUAAGGAAGAAGAUGCUAUUAAAAAGUGCCUUAAACGAGUAAAUUAUACUAGAAAUUAAUACUUAGACAUCCUAUAUAACAAUGUUAUCAAAGACAGUCCAGGGUAUUUAAUACUGAUGUCGUUCUUUCUAAGGGCCCGAGUAUUUCUUGUCCGGGAUGUUGUACUACAAUAAAGACUUGAAAAUUUUGAUAAGACUACCAUAUUUUGAGCUAUGGUAUUUUAUAACAGGUCCAUUUGUUUUAAUAAAGAGUUAUCGUUAUAAAAUAAUAUCAACAUAGACUGACAGACAGUCAAUUGCAAACUUACUAUGUUGAUAUUGUGGUGUAAAUCUGGAAUAUACCAUUACAAUGAUUAAAUAACAGGGGCUUGAAUUUACCACAAGGUUUGAAAUUACUGGAGUAAUGUUAAUAUUUUUAGACGGAUUUUUUUGUGUGGGUUGAAUAGUGUGAUGCAAUUUCAGGACCGAAAGUCUUAAAAAGUCUUAAAAGGACGCGCUCGUUAUAGACAGUCCCAACUCAUAGUGUCUUAAAGUCAAUUUAACUUUUCUUGUCGAGGGAAGUUUGACAUUUUGACAAGACUGACUAUUCUGAGUAGAAUUGUUAUGGUUACACUUCUUUGGAUCAGCGUGUUUGCGCAACAAUAAUUAAAUUAAAUACUUUUUGUAUUCGCGUAUAAAUAUCGCAUAUUUCAGAGUACUACAAUAAAAAUAAACGAAUGUUGUCGGUACCGCAAAUAUAUGCCUAAUUUUUGACUUCACGACGUCACGUUCUUGUGAUUUGCGUUAUUUGCUUAUACUUGUGCGAAUGAGGCAAAUCUAAUUACAUAUAUUCGCGUGUUCGAUCAAAUAAUGUCAACACGAGAACGCACUACACCAAGUAAGAGGCUCUAUUGACGUAUAUAAAAAUCGAGCCAAGAUGAUUAUUAUACUAUAAAUAUUAAGUCGUGUGGUUGACGUGUGUGUGUGCGUGUGUGCACUAACUAUUUCACCUCAUCAUAUUAACGUUAUUAAUAAUUGUAUUAAAAUAAGUUUGUUUAUACUUUUUUUUGUGGUUUGUUAUGGGUUUCUUUACUUCAUUAUGACCUUAAAUUAUAAUGCAGUAAACAUUUGAAACUUAUCUAGGUUAUGUUUAAAUUUCGAAUCGUAUUUCUUAGUUUAACUUUAGAUUCAAUAUAGAUUGGGCAUUGUAUAGCGAAUAGUGUCCGGUUGCACGCGCAAUGCUUUGCGUUUCUUUGAGCAAACCAGCCUGUACGCUUGAACGCUCGUGUAAGCGAAGAGUUUUCAAAAUAUGUACGUUGACUGUGCGACGUAGCGCGUAACCGGAUCUUAGAUUAAUGUAAUGGAACUAUUUUACUAUCUAAAUAGUAGAGAGCAUCGUGGAGAAAAAAGUAGAUUUAAUGAUAUAGAUAUACAGUUUUAUAAUUAUCAGGGACCAAUUUGGAACGGUCGUAUACGCUGUGAAAUCUGCAAGUAUCAAAACAUUGUUGUUUUUUUCUUUAUAGAAAUUUAAUUUUGGGUUGACAUUGGUUAUUUGUAAACGGAAAGAGUCAUGUAGAGAGAGUAAUAAUCUCGCUACUUUUUUUGUAUUGAAUUAGAAGUUUUCGCUCCAAUUCGGCUGUUUUAUGUAUGUAUAGUUAGCUGCGUACAGUACGACACAGCUUAGAUGUAGCGUCGGCAAAAUUAGUUAAAUCGAUCACAUCAGAAUUAAGUGCGUAAACUUUAAAUCAUCAAAGUUUAUUUAUUUCUUAUGCGAAAAUGAUCUUUACGCAAACGUAAUAAUUUGUAAUGUCAUUCGCCAAAUUGACGAUUGAUGUUUUUUUUUUUUUAAUUUAUCGAUUCUACAUUUAAAUUGUGUCGUACUACGAUACGAUAGUUAAAGCGUACAAUAUUUAUAAAUAUACGUUAAAGAUAUUUACUUCAGUUGCUAAAGAAAAUUCUCUGUCUUCAUCAACAUCAGUAUCGAUAAAAGAAUAGUUUAUAUUUUAGUGCAAUGUUAUGUUAUAUUGACAUUAUAUAUAAGGCAGCUAUACUCAUUUGUUAUUUGUUGUUUAAAACAGGAAUUGAAAUGUUAUUAAAUAUAAGGUUAUAUUGAAUUUGAUUCAUUUUAGUUUAUUAAUAGUGGAAUUAUAAUCGAUAUAACGUCAACUGGACGUUGUAGAGAUUAGAUUAAGGUACUGGAACGGACGCCGGAGGUGCCUUGACACGCGUCGCCGCACGUAUAGCGCUCGUUGCAUUGUGGAGUAUUAAAUAUAUUUUUUUAGGUUUUAUACAAUAUAUAAGGAUAUAUAAUUAGUGCAUGGAUCGCUUUGUUACGAUAGACGUGUCGUAUUUCUUAGUUAAUAAAUGUAU